UAAUCAAGUAGCUAGGAUGGAGAGAGGAGAAAUAUCAAGUCUUGAGUCACCUUUAAUUGGUAAUCAAGAAAGACCAGACUGUGGAUUUGAUGGGGAAAAUUCUCAGCAGCAAGGUGUUAGUACUUGUGAAAAUUUUGUUGAAGAGGCAAAGAAGCAACUAUGGCUAGCGGGGCCACUUAUUACAGUCAGCUUAUUGCAGUACUGCCUACAAGUGAUAGCAAUUAUGUUUGUUGGUCAUCUUGGGGAGUUGGCUCUAUCCAGUGCUUCCUUGGCCUCUUCCUUUGCUUCAGUCACUGGUUUCAGUGUUUUGUUAGGAAUGGGAAGUGCAUUGGAGACACUAUGUGGACAAGCCUAUGGAGCCAAGCAGUACCAUAUGCUUGGUAUUCACACACAACGAGCAAUGGUGACUCUUCUAGCAAUAAGCAUUCCCCUCGCAGUUAUAUGGUUCUAUACCAGCAACAUUCUUAUAGCUUUAGGCCAAAAUCAUGAGAUAUCAAUUGCAGCCGGAAUCUUCAAUCGUUGGAUGAUUCCUAGCCUUUUCGCGUAUGGCGUCCUCCAGUGUCUAAACAGAUUCCUACAAACUCAGAACAACGUUCUUCCUAUGCUGAUAUGCUCUGCAAUCACAGCUUUUCUCCACAUUCUAGUUUGUUGGGGUCUUGUUUUCAAGUCUGGCCUUGAGAGCAAAGGAGCUGCCUUAGCGAUAACCAUUUCGAAUUGGGUUAAUGUGUUUUUGUUGGCAAUGUACAUAAAGUUCUCUCAGGCUUUUAUGAAAACAUGGACAGGAUUUUCGAGAGAAGCGCUGCACGAUAUUGUGAGCUUUUUAAGGCUUGCUGUCCCUUCUGCAAUUAUGAUAUGCUUUGAAUACUGGUCAUUCGAGAUGGUUGUUCUACUUUCUGGUCUUCUUCCAAAUCCAAAGCUAGAGACAUCUGUGUUAUCCAUAAGCCUUAACACAUGCUGGAUGGUCUAUAUGAUCUCUGUUGGUCUUGGUGGUGCUAUAAGUACACGAGUAUCAAAUGAGCUUGGUGCUGGGAACUCACAAGGCGCCCGCUUAGCUCUCAGGGUGAUGAUCAUAAUAGCAAUCACAGAGGGUGCAACAGUUGGGAUCACGACAAUUUUGGUACGCCAUGUUUGGGGAAAGGUCUACAGCAAUGAAGCAGAAGUGAUCAAAUACGUUGCUAAAAUGAUGCCACUUCUAGCAUUAUCCGACUUCCUGGAUGGAUUCCAAUGUGUGCUUUCAGGAGCUGCAAGAGGAUGUGGAUGGCAAAAUCUCUGUGCAUUAAUCAACCUUGGAGCUUAUUAUGUUGUAGGAAUUCCUUCUGCAGUGCUCUUUGCAUUUUACUUUCAUAUUGGAGGCAUGGGGCUUUGGAUGGGAAUCAUUUGUGGACUUUCUGUACAAGUUUUAGCACUUGUUACAGUAAAUGCAUGUACUAAUUGGGAUCAAGAGCAAAAGCCCUGCACAGAGUUCAGAAAACCGGCCUUCUUAUUGAAACUGCACCAUAGAGUUGCAUUUUGCAUCAAAUCAAGACAACCAGUUGAAGCUAGAUUGUAAUCUUCAUUGAGGAAAACAAAAGCUUCUGUAUAAAUGAUAAAGCAAUUAUGUGCAUUUAAAAUCAAUACCAAAGAAGCUAUUCAUUGUUGUAUCUAUUAUGCUAGCUUAUAACAUAGGG